AUUUCAGACUUUUCAGUAGCCUACCAAGCAGGACCGAGUUCCGUACUCAUUUCAUUUCACCUCUUCACUCUCUCUCUCUCUCUCUCUCGCUCUCUCUCUUCACAGGGCCAGAACGAUCAUCCAAAACGAUCGAGAUGGCCUUAGCACACGUAGCCUCUUCAACCUCGCGCUCCAAUCUCCUCCGCCCUAUCUCCGCCUUCCUCUCCCCAAAUCUCCGCCGCCAACUCUCGACCGACGACACCAGAACCCUCACGAUCGAGACCUCCGUUCCCUUCACCUCCCACAAAUGCGAAUCGCCGUCGCGCUCCGUCGAUACCACGCCGUCGGAGCUCCUCUCCUUCUUCCGCGACAUGGCGACGAUGCGCCGCAUGGAGAUCGCCGCCGACUCGCUCUACAAGGCCAAACUGAUCCGCGGGUUUUGCCACCUAUACGACGGCCAAGAGGCCGUCGCCGUCGGCAUGGAGGCGGCGAUCACGAAGAAAGAUAGCAUCAUCACCGCUUAUCGCGAUCACUGUACUUUUCUCGGCCGCGGUGGAACUUUGUUGGAGGUUUUCUCCGAGCUCAUGGGCCGCAUACACGGUUGCUCCAAAGGAAAAGGAGGAUCUAUGCAUUUUUACAAGAAGGACUCGGGGUUUUACGGCGGACAUGGAAUCGUCGGAGCUCAGGUUCCGCUAGGUUGUGGAUUGGCUUUUGCACAGAAAUACAAGAAGGAUGGAACAGUUACGUUUGCUUUGUACGGUGACGGUGCUGCCAAUCAGGGACAGUUGUUUGAGGCUUUGAAUAUCUCUGCGCUUUGGGAUCUGCCUGCGAUUUUGGUCUGCGAGAAUAAUCACUAUGGUAUGGGAACUGCGGAGUGGAGAGCAGCGAAGAGUCCAUCUUAUUACAAGCGUGGAGACUAUGUUCCUGGAUUGAAGGUAGAUGGCAUGGAUGCCCUUGCUGUGAAACAGGCAUGCAAAUUUGCCAAGGAACAUGCUUUAAAGAAUGGGCCCAUUAUUCUUGAAAUGGACACUUACAGGUACCAUGGUCAUUCCAUGUCUGAUCCUGGAAGCACCUACCGUACUCGUGAUGAGAUUUCUGGUGUGAGACAGGAGCGUGAUCCAAUUGAAAGAAUAAGAAAGCUGAUCUUAUCUCAUGAUCUAGCUACUGAAAAGGAGCUAAAGGAUACUGAGAAGGAAGUGAGAAAACUAGUUGAUGAUGCCAUUGCUCAAGCCAAGGAAAGUCCAAUGCCUGAGCCUCAUGAACUCUUUACUAACGUGUAUGCAAAAGGUUAUGGAGUUGAGGCAUUUGGAGCAGAUAGGAAAGAAGUCAGAGCUGUGCUUCCAUAAUUUAACAUCCAUGUGGGAAAUUGCGGAAAUUGCAAAAGCCCCUUCAACACUCCCUUCCUCUCCCAAGAAAAACCAAACCUGCUAAAUUAGGAAAAGAAUAAAAGGUUUGAAUUUCACUUGGUGUUUUGUAUAGGAAAAUAUUCUUCUGUAGCUCUGCGGCGGGAGUCGUCGUUACAUUCUGCCUUAUAUUUUGAAGAGGCUACAUUCUGAUAUUUUUGUGAUUGAUAUGAAUAUUGUUGCGGUACUGAAAAGCUAAAUAUAAGCAUUGAAGGAUAAGGAGUUUUCCUGUUC